AUGGGUUACUGUGGAAGUAAUAACAGCAACACGACAAUGAAUUGCAUGACCCCGAGAGCUGGCUCGUACUUCAAUGUGCUGAAAGCUAUGGGCGAGGAAGGAAAGGAGACCAAUCUUUCGUCAGCUCUUCGACACUCACUGCAUGCAUAUAAAACAACCUCGACCUGGAUGCAAAUUACCUACAUCCUGGCCAUUCUUCUUACAGUCAUCCAACUGCUCGCCGCCCUUAUCGUUAUAAACAAGACAUUCAACCGUUUCGUCAUCAGCCUUGUCUCCGGUGCCGCGUUUAUUUUCCUGUUGGCAGCUGCUGCACUCACGACAGUCAAUCUCGUUCUGUUGAAGGGUAUACUUGCCACUGAGCUGAAAUCACACAACAUAUCUGGCACGUGGGGCACUCGUGCAUUUACCGUUAUAUGGUUCAGUGUGGCUUUGUUGUGUUCUAUGGUAUCCUGGAGCAUUACCACUUGCUGCUGUUCGCCAGCAAGACGGGAGCCUGGGGUUCAAACUUAUCCUGCAAUGGGACCGGUGCCAGUCUACCAUUCGCUCCCACCCUCUGCACCAAACUAUGGGGAUGAUCAUCGUUAUCACAUGUACCAGAUGAACCAAAAUCCGGCCUAUCAACCCUAUUUCCAGUAUCAUUCACAAUAG